AUGGCAGCAAAUUCGAUUCAGAACCUCCGAGCGCAUUACGCCGCAGCGCUGAAGCGCUUUGUAGCGUCUUCACUACCUUUCGAGGUCCUGAGCACGGAACCUGCCAACGCUCGCAACAUCGAACCCAAGGUGCUCUACGUCCUGGACUCGUCCUUCAACCCUCCAACCCUGGCACAUAUGAAAAUCGCCGGCUCCGCCCUGGCCGAGUCGCCGCACUCCUCGUCGAGACUGCUGCUUUUGUUGGCUACCCAGAAUGCCGAUAAGCCAUCCAAACCGGCGUCGUUUGAAGACCGCCUUGUCAUGAUGACUCUACUCGCCCAAGACCUGCGCGCGAACCUCCAGGCUUCUCGCCAGAUUGCCCAAGAUGACUUACCACAGAUUGACAUCGGCGUGACCAAAAAACCGUAUUUUGUAGACAAAGCGACGGCAAUAGAGGCCUCGGGAGUAUAUCCCAGCUCCUUAGAACAGAUCCAUCUCACGGGCUAUGACACCCUCAUCCGCAUCUUCAACCCCAAAUACUAUCCGCCGGAAUACAAUCUACGGCCGCUGGAGCCAUUCCUCACUCGACACCGAUUGAGAGUGAUGAUGCGACCGGACGAUGAAUGGGGUGGGCGGAAGGAGCAGGAGGAAUUCCUCACGAAUCUCGCUCAAGGAGGCCGUGAGAGCGAGGGUGCCAAGCGAGAGUGGGCUCGCCGGAUCGAGCUGGUCGAGGGAAAGAAAGCAGGCGAGGAAGCAGUGAGCUCGACAAGGGCAAGGCAAGCUGCCAACAGCGGAGACGAACGUCUGCUAUUGUCACUGGUUUCUAAGAAUGUCCGUGACUAUGUCGUCUCACAAGGGCUGUACAAAGAGGAAUGA